GAAGUAACAUGUAUUAAUUAUCUAUCAUUCACCGUUUGUCCAAACAAAAUUGUUACUUCUACGUUCGACGAACAUACUUAUCCACAGUUUCAGACGAGCUGCUAGAGGAACAGGAAGUCGAUACGGAGAAAGGGCGACGAAGAUGAAGCUAAAAGUGUAUGCAGACCGAAUGUCUCAACCAUCUCGGGCAGUUAUCAUUUUCUGCAAGGUCAACGGUAUUGACUUUGAGGAGAUUAAAGUAGAUAUAUCCAAGGGCCAGCAGUAUUCUCCUGAAUUUAGAGACAUAAACCCUAUGCGAAAUGUUCCAGCUAUAGUUGAUGGAAAAUUUAAGCUGUUUGAGAGUCAUGCAAUUCUUAUCUACCUUGCUUGUGCAUUUCCUGGAGUGGCAGACCAUUGGUGGGCUAUGGCUUACUUUAAAAUUCCUCUUUCAGUGAAGUAUCUUCUAAAUACUGUGCUAGCACCUGUCUUUGGCCUUCCAUUGAAUCCAGAAGCAGCUGCUGAAGGGGAGGAACUGUUGUCCUCGUCUCUGUACAAGAUAGAGUCCAUUUGGCUCAAGGGCAAUGGGCGUUUCUUGUUGGGUGGCAAUCAACCUUCCAUUGCAGAUCUCAGCUUAGCGUGUGAAAUAAUGCAACUGGAGGUUUUGGAUGAGAAAGAUCGGGCUCGGUUGCUCGGCCCUCACAAGAAAGUUCAGCAAUGGGUAGAGAAUACAAGGAAUGCAACUAGACCUCACUUUGAUGAGGUACACAACAUCCUUUUCAGAGCCAAAGAAAGAAUACAGAAGCAGCGGUCAGCGGAAGCAGAUAGUGUUUCUGGCAGAAAAACACUGCUGUCAAAAAUAUGAGAACUUGCAAGAGUGUCUAUAUUCAUGUGAUGAUAGAACAGUGUUAGAAUAAUUUCGCUUGCAAGUGAAUUAAAAUAUUUCAAGAAUCUGUGAUAAAAUGUAGGUAUUCAGGCCUAAUAAAGGAAGAAUUUUUGGCAUUUAGAAAAAGGGUUGAAUGGUA